AUGGCUUCGAACCAUGUCAAGGUGGUAUGUCGGUUUCGACCGUUAAAUAAGUAUGAACGUAGUCUUGGUAAUGGAUCGUUGGUUGUAUGUUGUGAUACAUCAACAGUUGAGAUCAAUACAAAAGAAUUGAUUGGACGGUUUGUAUUUGACCGGGUCUUUGAUGGAUCAACAUGUCAAUCUGAGCUUUUUGAAGGAACAAUUAAAUCUACAGUAGAUGAUGUCUUGAAGGGAUAUAAUGGAACGAUUUUUGCUUAUGGACAUACAGGAUCUGGUAAAACAUAUACAAUGAUGGGACCAAAUAUUGAUAGCGAGAGUAGAGGAGCCAUUCCUCGAAUAGUGGAGUAUAUUUUUGAAAGUAUUAUGAAAUCUCAGAGUUUUAUUGAAUAUAUGGUAAAAGUUUCAUAUAUGGAGAUUUAUAUGGAAAGAAUUCGCGAUCUUUUGUGCCCACAACAUGAUCAUUUGCCUAUUCAUGAAGAAAAAAAUAGAGGCGUUUAUGUGAAAGGAUUAAAAGAAGUUUAUGUUUCUUCAUUGGAUGAAGUUUAUCAGAUUAUUAAAAAAGGAAAUCAAGUACGAGUAGCAGCAGCGACAAAUGUGAAUCCGGAGAGUUCCCGAUCUCAUGCUAUUUUUUGUAUCACGGUUAUGCAAAAAAAUCUUGAAACGGAAAAUACAAAGAGUGGACAGCUUUUUUUGAUUGAUCUUGCUGGUUCUGAAAAGGUGGCAAAGACAGGUGCUAGCGGGCAAACAUUAGAGGAAGCAAAGAAAAUUAAUAAAUCCCUUUCUACCCUUGGUUUGGUUAUUAAUUCUUUAACUGAUGGAAAGUCAACACAUAUACCUUAUCGUGAUUCUAAACUUACUCGUAUAUUACAAGAAUCGCUUGGAGGUAAUUCUCGUACAACGCUUAUUAUUAAUUGUUCUCCAUCUGCAUUCGAUGAACAGGAAACUCUUUCUACAAUUCGUUUUGGAAUUCGAGCAAAAAAUAUUAAAAACAGGGCCAGGAUUAAUCAGGAACUUUCUUUAAAUGAACUUAAAUUUCAACUUAAAAAAGCUACGACUCAAUUGCUUACUUGUUCUGAAUAUAUCACUGCUCUUGAAAAUGAGCUUGAUAUAUGGAGAGGCGGUGAAAGGGUUCACGAGGGAAAAUGGACUCCAAAAAUGAUUAUUGAUGUUACUCCACAAUCAAAAAUUGUUUUAAAUAAUGAGAAAGAUAAUAUUGCAGAAAGUGAUAUGUUAGAGAAAAAGUCUGUACCAUUUAUUCAAAAUUCUAUUAUGGAAAAAGAUGAAAGAGAUGGUUUUUUGAAAAGGGAGAUUGAAUUGCAGGAUAUGAUUAUAGAAAAAGAGACACUAUUAAAUAAUCGGGAAAAGGUUUUGAAAGACGCAAAAGAGGAAAUUCUGUAUUUAAAAGAACAAAAUAACGAAACAGUUAAAAUUAAUGAGGAAUUGACAACAAAGGUUAAUGAUUUACAAUUGGAAUUGGAGAAAAUUACGUUUGAAAAUAAAGAGGCCUAUAUAACCUUAGAUUCCUUAAAAUAUACAAAUGAGAGUCUUGUGUCGGAAUUGAAUGAUAUGAGGCAAAGCCUUUUUGAAGCUAAAACUGCGAUGGAGUCUAUUGUUGAUCAUAAAUCUUUGAAAAAGAAAACAAAACAAAUAAUAGAAGAAUCCGAUUUUCCCGCUAAUAAAAUUAAUUCUUCAAAACAAUUUUUGGAUGAUUUGAAUAAUUUUAAUGAAAUCACCAUUAAUAGCACGAAAAUUUUGAACGAUAGAUUAACUGAAAUGCAAUCUGUUAUUUCUAGUUUAGAAAUUGCACUUAAUGAUCGAAUGAACGAAGCUGAUAAUCUUAAGAAAAAUAAUAGCAAAUUAGAGCAUAGGCUAAAAUAUGUCGAGGAUGAGUAUCAAUUUCUUAUAGACAAAUUAUUGUUUAAAGAGAAUGAACAAUAUAUAAAAGUUCAUGAAAUAUUGUUUAAUCAGUCAUGCAAUUUGCAAGUAUACAAUGGUUUGCUUCAGGUUAAUAAUUCUGAUGAAGUACCUUCUAAAUUGUCUAAAGACGUGUCUUCUAAAUCUUUUAAUGAAAAGCCUUUUACAAAAAAAGAGUUCGAUAUUUCCGAUAAUAAUAAUGUAGUUAAUAGUUCUGCGCCAAAAACAGAAGAAUUGGGUUUAAUGAAAAAAUCUUUAAUAAAAGAAUUUCAGGAACGUCGUGAUAAGGUAGUCGAUUUGGAGAUUUCUCUUAAUGAAAUUCGUGAACAAUAUACUAAUAUAUUGCGUAAUAAUAAUGUUAAAAAUCAGCGGAAAAAGAUGUUAUGUUUGGAAAAAAAUUUGGAACAAUUAAUUGUUAUACAAAAACAGUUGGUAGAACAAAACACAUCAUUAAAAAGAGAUAUUUCUAUAGCAGAACGUAAGUUAGUUGUAAGGAAUGAACGUAUUUCAAGUUUAGAAACAUUGUUAUGUGAUGCUCAAGGGAAACUUAUUAGUCAAAAUCGCGCGUUUGAGAAGCAAAUCCAAAUAUUAAAAGAGCGAUUGGAGCGGAUACGAGGUAAAACAAGAAAAUUAUUACCUAAAUAA